CCGGCUUUGAUAACAAUUUCACUACGUAUCACUGCCUCCUAGCGAGCCAACGGAAAAUGAAACCCUUCAUAAUAAUCACCUUGAUCAUCAGUUAUAAUGUUAUUAGUGCAAACAUUUGUGCAGACUGUGUGUGCCGAGAUAAUGUGCAAGAUAAUCAAGACUAUCUAGGAGAAAAUGUUGACUGUUCAUAUUACAACGGUAGUGCGAACAUUUUUAGGACUAAAUUGAGCCUCCCAAGUGUUGUGUACUCCUUGGAUCUGUCGUCAAACAACAUCACACAGCUGGAAGCAUCUAAUAUCCUAAAGUCGACUACACUGAUCGAGCUAAGUUUAGAUAACAACGCAAUCAAAGAAAUAAGAGCCAAGAUAUUGCGUUUUCCUCGAAUGAAAUGGUUGGAUUUGAGUCACAACAGACUGGAAUACAUAGACAAAGAAGCGUUCAGAGAUAUGAAUAAAUUGGAGUAUUUGAAUUUGGCUAACAAUAGAUUAACGACUCACGAAAAUCUCGCAUUCCAUCGGCUGAGUAAUCUGAACGAACUCGUUUUGGACAAUAACGUCCUAGGGCCCGAUCUGAUGGACACUAGUUUGUUUGAUAGGGAGGGGUUCGGAUUGACGCACAAAAUACAGCGCUUGAGUAUAAGCGGCAUACAUUUAAAUGAAGUUCCCGACAACUUUUUCUCGGACGCUUACGACAUAAGAACACUAAUCAUUUCGCACAACAAUUUGACGGACACGUUCGAAUUCCCGUUUACGUUGGAAUAUUUGGAUUUGUCCGACAAUCCGAUCACGGAAAUCUCUGAAGAAGAUUUCUCGGAAUUACCUGGACUGAAAGUGCUGAAACUGAAUAAUUUACGAAUCAAAGAGGUCCCCGAAUAUGUUUUCGCGCCUUUACAUGGUCUGGAACAUCUAGAACUGGAGAGGAAUAAGAACUUGACCGUAUUUAGCUCCCUAGCUUUUGGACAAGAGGUUUUGGAUGACCCGGAUUAUUUUGUUUUGGAAAAACUGUCCCUGAAAGGAUCAAGAUUGUCGAAGCUGGAGAAAGAUCUGGCGGUGCCGUUCGGGCAGUUGAAUCUGCUGGACCUUCAAGGCAACCCGUGGAAGUGCGACUGUGACUUGACGUGGUUAAAAACGCUGCAGAUACAGCCAGAAUAUUACGAACAUUUGAGGUGCGGCUCGCCAAAACCUUUCUACAACAGCAAGAUCUUUGAGCUCGACUCCAAAUACUUCUCUUGUACCCUGACCGCUCACCACAUAGGGCUGGCCAUCGCCGUCAUCGCGUUUUGCGUGUGUCUAGCAUCCAUAGCCAUCUGGCUCUUCGUCUAUGUACCCAAGUACCAGUCUCGAGGUGGUUUCAUAACCCAUAUGUAUGCGGCACCGACGGCUGCAUACACUAUGCUACCUAUGAACAGUCCUGGGAAUAACUAAAAUCCAGAUUUUUGUUGUUAUUGUUUUUAAUUUUAAUAUUACGGCUGUGCUCGUAGUUUAAUGUAUUUAAGACCGUCUUUGUUUGAUUUUGUUAAAAUAAAAGUUGUAGAUUCUCCUGAUUUUGUUAGAAAAUUUUAUGACAUCACAUUAAAUAUUGUAGACAGACUGAAACUGUAUUAAAAUGAGUCGGCUUAAUCUGUUAACGCUAAUAUUACAGCAACGCCAUGUUUUGUUUUGUUUCACGUGAUUAAUGUGUGUAUUUUUCAAAGUAUUAUUAUCGUUUAGUUAUUACGGAUUUGUGCAAUAAUUAUAUUCAUGACACCAUUAUACUUAGAAUUAAGAUAAUUAUUAAAUAACAAUUAUAAUUAAUUAAUGUUGCAAAAUAAAAGAUUCAGUGCAAAAUUCACUUUAUAUUUAAAAAUACAAAAGUGUACAAAUUGUUUUACAAACGAUUACAAUUUAAGUUGUGCUUAUAAUUUCCUAAAGGCAAACAUUUGUGCUGAUAUUCCUGAGUAUUCAGUCCUUGCCAAACUAAAACCGACUUGUGACAAACAAACACGUUUUUUGCAUAUUGAAUAAGUACUAUACCAUUGCAUUUCGUAACAGGAGCGUAUUAUAACAGUAUAAAAAUUAAAUAAUAUCAUUCUAAACAAUAUUUGUGAUAGAUAUAGUAUAAACCUUCUGCUAUGAUUUAUAUAAAAAUUUCAUGAACA